CCACAGGAGUGUGCAGGUGACUGGCAUAUCAUCUCUUCGACUCUCCAUGAGCUCAUGAACCUGGGAGCAGGUGUCCGGCGAUGGCGCGGCCUCUGAGCGACAGGACCCCGGGCCCCCUGCUGUUGGGAGGCCCUGCCGGGACCCCCCGCAUUCAAGUGAUCUGUAUUUCUCCAGGCUUGACCUCUAGGGACACACCCAGUCCUGUGGACCCAGACACCGUGGAGGUGCUAAUGACCUUUGAACCUGAUCCAGCUGAUCUUGCGCUGUCAAGCAUUCCAGGCCAUGAGACUUUUGAUCCUCGGAGACACCGCUUCUCAGAGGAGGAACUGAAGCCUCAGCCAAUCAUGAAAAAAGCAAGGAAAGUCCAAGUGCCCGAGGAACAGAAGGAUGAGAAGUAUUGGAGCCGGAGGUACAAGAACAAUGAAGCAGCCAAGAGGUCUCGAGAUGCAAGAAGACUCAAGGAGAAUCAGAUAUCGGUGCGGGCAGCCUUUCUGGAGAAGGAGAACGCCCUAUUGCGGCAGGAGGUGGUGGCUGUGCGGCAAGAGCUGUCCCAUUACCGUGCUGUGCUUUCACGAUACCAGGCCCAGCACGGGACACUGUGAGGGCACGCCAUCCUUCCUGAUCAGAGUCCUGUUCCUUACUCAGACUUGCACCUGACACUCUUCUCCUUCCUCGGUCUGGCCAGCUAGGUGCCCCAGGGACGUGAUGAUACAAAUACAUUUAUAUUUUUAAGAAAAAGCUAGCCUUCUCCCACCUCCCUCGUGGGUGUGGGGAGGGUCCUGUGUGUGCUCUUAGCACUUCGGGGAACCUAUCCACCCAACCGAAUAAAUCUUGAGAACCCAGGA